UUAGAGCAUGGAACCAUCUUGUUUGGUAUGUAGAGAUUACAAAGUCAUAUUGUUGUACCUAACAGCUCAGCUAUAAAUUAGCUGUAAGCAUAGUGUGACGUGGUGAGUAAAAGCUCCCUGAUCUGUAUUUCACAUAUGGUGCUCUGUUGGCCCCCUAUAUUUUUUCCUUUCUGUUUUCUGAAUAUCCUUUCCAAACCGCUUUAUUGACCUUUAUUUUAUUGAUUAAAAAAAAAAUAAAAAUCCGUAUUUCUGUUUUGGUUUGUUUUCCUGCAGGCAGCAUCAUAAAAUCUUAAGUGAAAAUGGCCUUUAGCAAUCUGACAUCAAAGGCUGUGCUACUCUAUGAUGAAUGGAUUAAAGAUGCCGAUCCAAGGCUGGAAGGAUGGCCACUCAUGUCUUCACCUUUUCCAACAACCUUUAUCGUCGUAACCUACAUUUAUUUUGUCACUUCUUUGGGACCCAGAAUCAUGGAAAAUAAGAAACCUUUUGAACUGAGGCAGAUAAUGGCGUUUUAUAAUUUUAGUGUGGUGGCCCUCUCCCUAUAUAUGACUUAUGAAUUUCUUAUGUCGGGUUGGGCCACAGGGUACUCAUUCCGGUGUGAUAUUGUUGACUACUCGAGGUCACCUACAGCUCUGAGAAUGGUACGAACUUGCUGGCUUUACUACUUUUCCAAGUUCAUUGAAUUAUUGGACACUAUUUUUUUUGUGCUGCGUAAGAAAAACAACCAAGUUACAUUCCUGCAUGUCUUUCAUCAUUCCAUCAUGCCAUGGACCUGGUGGUUUGGAGUCAAAUUUGCUGCAGGUGGUUUGGGAACAUUUCAUGCACUGCUAAACUGUAUUGUCCAUGUUGUCAUGUACACAUAUUAUGGAAUCUGUUCUUUGGGACCAGCCUAUUAUAAAUAUUUGUGGUGGAAAAAAUACAUGACCACUUUGCAACUUGUCCAGUUUGUUUUGAUUACAGGCCAUAUUGUACAAAUCUACUUCAUGGAUGAUUGUCCAUACCAGUAUCCAAUUUUCAUGUUUAUUAUCUGGGUGUAUGGCUCUUUGUUUUUGGUCUUGUUUCUCCACUUCUGGUACCACGCUUAUACAAAGGGAAAACGACUACCAAAGAUGGCAAAAAAUGGGAUCAGCAAAGAUCAGUGAAACACACUCUCAUCUCUAACAUCAAGAAAGCAUAUUCGUCAAACUGCUUGACAAUCGAGAUAUUUGGGUGCACACACUACAGAGUGUAUAUUUUGUAUGUUUUCGUCCAAAACAGAAUUUGUAUUUUUACCAUAAGUUAUUUGGGAUUCAGAAUUUGGGGGAUGAGGAAAGCCGUGGGGAUCUCUAAAGGAUUUUUUUCAACAGCUUGUUCAUGUCUGUUGUGUAAGAAAUCAAUGGAUAGAUGAUCUCUAGAAGAUGCUUGAAAAUAACUAUGUUCACUGGGAAAACUGUGUAUGAUGAGUACUGAGUACUUUGAACACUGAGAGAAAGGUAUUGCUUCAUCUUAAAUGUUGUGAGAUGCUGAGACUGUCAGCUGCUUUUUAUUAAAAGAAUAAACCUUCAGUAAGUACCUUUUACAGAAUCUCAAGCUUAUUAUUAAUAAAGUUAAUACAUAAACGUUGCUACAUCUGUUUACAAACUGUAUAACUUUAAAGGAAGGAUUGUAUGUUAAUCUGUCAAGGUGUGGCGUUUCAUCUGAACAUCAUAGAUUUUUGGAUAUACUGUCUAAGGUAACUUAAUUCACCUAAUGUUGUACUCACAAAUAUAUUGUUCUGAAUAUUGGAAACCUGCUGAUUUGAAGAUUAUCUGAAGUGUCUUAUAGUGUGAUAAUCAAAAAAUCUUACUGACUUGUUCUCCAGAGUAGCCUAAUGUACUUACUGUUCAAUGUAUCUAUGGAUAUAUUUUGAUACUGGGAGCUUAGGCUGUUUGGGGGGGGGAAUAAUCUUGUCAUUCAGUAGCUAAAAUCUUAGUUGUCAAGUAAGUUUAAAAAAAGUACUUUUGAUUGAAGCCUGAGUAUCACCUAGUAUGAUUUGUACUGUGUCUACUUUCUUCCAUUUCCAUUAUCUAUUGAAAUACAUGCCUAGAAAGAUUUUUGCUGGUCUUUUUUUUUUGUUGUUAUUGUUUGGUUUUAAGCACUCAAGGUCAAAGUUUCUCUGUUAAUAGCACCAGUUACCUUGUGCAGAACUAGGCAAAAACAUAUGUGUCAUUCUUUGGGCUACUGAGAGUGAGACAGGCAGUAGUGGCUGGGCAUGACUCCAGUCUCUGUAGAAUUAACCAGUAUGUUGUUUUCCAUGCUUAAGCAGCUUGUCAGGGUUACACAUGUAUAGAAAUCAAAGGACCUAGCUAUUUGUAUGCAAGUUGCCUUUGUACUGUAUAAAUUUAUUAAGGAAUUGGUGCAUGCAACAGACCUGCAAAUGUGGAGUUGAAGUGUUUAAAAGUACUGUUUUCUAUUCUGUUCACUAAAAACAGAAAAGAAGCUUGUUCUGUGCCUGUUCUAUUUGUGGAAUAUUCAAACACCCAAAACUUUGGGUCAGGUUUUAAUUGCCGGUGUGUUGUACAAUUCCAAGAAAGUAGGUUUUGUUACCUGGAUACUUUUAUGGGGAUACUGCCAUUUAUGGUGCACUGUUAAUGCUAAAAUGAUUUAAAUUUUGUCUUGGACAUGAGUUGCAAAUGAUUUAUUAUGACAUUAUAUACAAGUUGUCUUUAUAAAACAAAUAAAAAAUAAUUUAUAUUUUA